UCUGCUGUGUCUUCAUGUUGUUCCUGUUCCUCUCUGAGCUGAAGGGAUUCAUAGCCACUGAAAUUGGUGGGUCUGGAUAUCCAGGAUGAGAUAGGUCAUCAUGAGGUGGGGCACAUAGACAACUCCAUGAAGGUUCCUCUCAACCAUGGAUAUGGUUGUCGCUUCGAGGGAGAGUUCACUAUUAACAAAGUACCAGGUAACUUCCACGUGUCGACCCACAGCCCAGCCCCAGAGCCCUGACAUGACACACCUCAUACACGAACUGGCCUUCGGGGAGAAACUACUGGAGUACGUAGCCUAUAGCCACACAGGAAGGAUUAUCCCAGCUAUCUGGUUCCGCUAUGACCUCGGUCCAAUCACAGUGAAGUACACAGAGAAGAGACAACCCCUCUACCGGUUCAUAACUAUGAUCUGUGCUAUCAUCGGAGGGCGUUCACGAUAGCAGGCAUCAUAGACUCCUGUAUAUUCACAGCCUCCGAGGCCUGGAGGAAGAUCCAGAUAGGAAAGAUGUCCCGAGGACGUGUCACUACGCUGUCCCGAGGACGUGUCACUACGCUGUCCCGAGGACGUGUCACUACGC